AUGGAUAACUCUCACGUCGCCCUCGUCUCAAUGCUGCUCCGUGCAGAGGGUUUCUCCCCAUACCGCUGCGACCGUAACAUUGCUCUCGGUAUCAACCUCGCAUCCCUGACCAAGGUCCUGCGUGCCGCUCAGAAUGAAGACAUCCUCACCUUGAAGGCCGAGGACUCCCCCGAUGCCGUCAACCUGAUGUUCGAGAGUCCCGAGACCGACCGUUUAAGCGAGUAUGAUAUCAAGCUCAUGGACAUUGACCAGGAGCACCUGGCUAUUCCUGACACCGAGUAUGCUGCCACCGUGGAGAUGCCCGCCAUGGAGUUCCAGCGUAUUUGCCGUGACUUGAACGCACUUUCCGAGUCCGUUGUUAUUGAGGCCAACAAGGAGGGUGUCAAGUUCUCCUGCUCCGGUGACAUUGGAAACGGCUCUGUCACCAUCCGCCAGCACACCAACGUCGACAAGCCCGAACAGAAUGUCACUAUUCAGCUGUCCGAACCCGUUGCCCUGACCUUCUCCCUUAAGUACCUUGUCAACUUCUGCAAGGCCUCCAACCUUUCUUCGUCGGUUACUCUGCACCUUUCCCAGGAGGUGCCCCUCCUCGUGGAGUACGGUCUCGGAAGCGGUCACCUCCGCUUCUACCUGGCCCCUAAGAUCGGUGAGGACGAGUAA